UUGUUUCCUCGCUGUAUAUAAAUAGACACUACUCCUCAUUAUUAUAUGUGAGCAGCCUAUGCAAGUAUGAAAUCCUUGCUUGUUUUUUGCUUGAUCCUUCUCUUCUCAAGAACUCUGUGUAUGCCUGCUCGCUGUUACCUUAGACCAGCCAGAAAAUAUGGGUGCGUUUCAGACAGAAACCUCUAUGUUUUUGGUGCGGUGUGGAAGAAUGAAGAUUGUUUCCAGUGCAGGUGUAAGAUGGGUGCAAUGACUUGCUGCAGCUUGGUUUUAAUGCCCAAGAAGUAUGAUAGGGUGAACUGUGUUGGCCUAUUCCACAAGAAAAGCUGUUCCAUCCGAGUGGUGAAGAAGACCAAUCCUGAGAUAAGUUGCAAAGUCUACAAUGGAGUUGGAUAAGACCACAUGAUGUAUUUCUCCUCUUUCACACCUACCCCAGAAGCUGAGUACACCCUGGAUCUCUCCUUUAGAGGAAAGCAGCAAGCAGCAUGGCUUCAAGAGAAAUGAGUUUGCCUCGUGCCUUUCACAGCUCUAAUUGUGCCGUAUCUAUCAAGUUUCUGACACUAGCUGGUUUGUCUUACACACAUUUAUAACCAAACUUUACCACAAGCUUUUUUUUCCUGUUGGGAUCCAGAGUUAAAUACAUUUUCGUAUACAUCAAA